GACUGUUCUCGGACUGCUGAAAGAGAAUGGCCCGGACCAAACAAACAGCGCGCAAGUCCACCGGAGGGAAAGCUCCCCGCAAACAGCUGGCCACCAAAGCGGCACGGAAAAGCGCUCCAGCCACGGGCGGAGUGAAGAAGCCUCAUCGCUACCGGCCCGGCACCGUGGCUCUGAGGGAGAUCCGGCGCUACCAGAAAUCCACCGAGCUGCUCAUCCGCAAACUGCCCUUCCAGCGCCUGGUGCGGGAAAUCGCUCAGGACUUCAAGACCGACCUGCGCUUCCAGAGCUCGGCCGUCAUGGCCCUGCAGGAGGCCAGUGAAGCUUACCUGGUGGGGCUCUUUGAGGACACCAACCUGUGCGCCAUCCACGCCAAGCGAGUCACCAUUAUGCCCAAAGACAUCCAGCUGGCCCGCCGCAUCCGUGGGGAGCGCGCCUGAAUCCGGCCUCGGCACCAAGCACAACAAAAGGCUCUUUUAAGAGCCACUAACCCAGCAGUGGAAAGGGCUGUCAUUUCCUAUUCAUUCACCUUUUGUGUUACCGACACGCCGAUUUCCUCUGAUCCUCCCCUGUGGGUUUUGUGUAAUAUUGUUCAAUAAUUCAUCCCGGUUUGUUACAGACUCCAACACGGCCGGACCCACCAACACUGAGAAUCAGCAGUUCUGUGCCGUUGAGUUAACGGCAGCGUGAACACCAGAGAUAAACAUCCCUCGCCGUCAGGGUGUCUCUGUCCCCAUACCCCUGCCGUAUAGUUUUUUUUUGGGACAAGGUUUCUAGGUGUUUGCAGUUGUUACUGUUAUGGGGAAUGAGCUUUAAUAAAUGUAUUCCUGUCCCGUUUCUAGUGUAGUUCCGGUUCUUUCACACAACUUCUUUCACGUUGCAAACUCGCCUUGGAGCGAGGUUUCAGAGAGGCCUGUACAGAACCUGCUGACGUCUGUACACCGGCCGACCGCCAGUGUAACCUGUGGUUCUGCUUUUGGAAGCUAAAUCACCCGAAACAUUCAAACUGGCGAGUUAAGUAACGUUUAGGCGGUUACCGGAAAAUAAAUAGAAUUAAUGAGUCAAUGCACAUUUUUUGCAAACAGCUGUUCAAUAAAUAAGUUUUGUGCCUCAACACACAAAAAUACUGGAGGAACUCAGCAGGACAGGCAGCGCUCAUUGGGGGAAAAAAAAAGUAGUCAACGUGUCAAGCAGGAAGUUCUCUUCUUGUGUUUUUUUUCAAAUCUCAGGCCAUCCGGGGUGAGGUUCCGGCGCUUUUCUUGCCGCUCUCUGAUUGGGUUAUUGUGCUCACAAUAAGAGAAUAGGAAAACUAAUCUCCAGACCCCUAACGGCGCAUUUCGUGACCCGAUACCGCCCAGACUGCGUUCGGAGUUAUUUCAAUCUCGUGGCAUAAUUGUCAAUAAUUACAUGACAACCUCAUCCACCCAUUUUAAAUUUAAUCGCAUGAGUUAACAUUUCAGGUCAGUGGUAUGGGACCUGCUCUCCCCGGUCACUGCUCUCUCCGUGAGGCGGUGGGCGGCUCUUAGAAGAGCCUUUGUUUU